GUCAAACUGACGGAGAAGGAGAAGAAUCGAAAGCUCAACGACUUGUUGGACGCCUUAGAGUUUAACCAGGUGGUGAUCUUCGUGAAGUCCGUGCAGCGUGCUGUGGCGCUCGACAAGCUCUUGGUGGAGUGCAACUUCCCCUCCAUCGCGAUCCACUCAGGGCUGCAGCAGGAUGAGAGGAUUGCCAGGUAUAAGCAGUUUAAGGAGUUCCAGAAGCGCAUCCUGGUCGCCACCGACCUUUUUGGGCGAGGUAUCGACAUUGAAAGAGUCAACAUCGUGAUUAACUACGACAUGCCAGACGAGAGCGACUCUUACUUGCACCGCGUGGGCCGCGCGGGGCGCUUCGGCACGAAGGGCUUGGCGCUGACCUUUGUGGCCACCGAUGAAGACCAAGAGGCGAGACGGACGGGGGCAGGGGCUUCGGGGCAGCAGUGGACUGUGGACUUGACGCGUUGCCUUCGAAACGCAGUCAGAAGCACACUUCAGAAGCACCGAGACAGUGUCGCUUUCCAAACUUAA